AUGUCGGACUACGGCGGUGACCACGAAGACCGUGAUGAGGCUGGCUUUGACUAUGAACCUCCGGAAUAUGAUUAUAUUGAUAAUGAACCAGAGGAAUAUGCUGGCGCCGAGCAGGAUGGAGAGGAUAGUGCAUACGCCGUUCUUAAUGGCGACGGACAGCCGGUUACACAUGCCACGAACGGAGACAGUGCAGGGGCAGUGAACGGUGACGCUAGCGCCGAAGCCUCGAAAAGUAAAGUGAUGUUGCAGCAGAGGGAGAAAAAGGUGCCGAAUGACCAGCGAUCUACUACGCCAUACAUGACAAAGUAUGAGCGUGCACGCGUCCUUGGAACAAGAGCGCUUCAAAUCAGCAUGAAUGCGCCGAUAUUGGUCGAUAUCGAAGGAGAAACUGACCCUCUUCAAAUUGCCCUGAGAGAGCUUAAUCAAAAGAAGAUUCCUCUCAUUGUGAGGAGAUACCUUCCUGAUGGAUGGUACGAAGACUGGACGUGCGAAGAACUGCUUUGA